AUUUUAUAUUGUUUUGGGGUGCGCAGAGAGGUUGUGCAUUACCUCGUUUUGGCGUCACCAUAACCAUUUUGUUGUAGACUAUUAGGUCUUUCAUUCUUUUACAUGUAGUAUACCUUGUUUUGGUAUUAUAUUAUUGUUAUAUAGUAUUUAUGUAUGUUUUUUGUUAUUGGUAAGAUGCAUAUCUAGUUGUUUUAUUCUUGCAUACAAAGUAGGUACAAGCUAGCUACAGAGAUUGUAGAUUAUACACAUUGGAGGUGCAGGCAGAUAAACGUAAACAUGGUUGGAGGAAUUCCUGUAACGAGAACUUUUGAUCCUAGCAAGCCGAAUCCGUUUAUAUCUAACAAGUUUAAGAGGCGGUGCCCUAUAGCGUAUUUUUACAUGCCUAUAGAGUGUUCUUUAGCUAGGAGUUGUAACAACGGAUUUUGUCCACUAUCUCAUACGAAGUUGGAGGUUAUAUUCCACCCCAUUUUGCAUAAGACCAAGAGGUGUAGCAUGGCCCUUAUGAACGUCUGCAACUUCUCACAGCGCUGCGCUUUUCACCACAACGAUAUAGAUAGAGUGGCUUCACAUUUGUCCUGGUUGGUGUGGYAAAGGAACUGGGGCAUGUACGAGAACAACAUCACUUCCGUUCUUGUUCAACAUGGCCUGGGUAAGGAGCACAUUGACAAGGUGUCAAUGAUGAUUGGUUUUCGUUUAAAUUUUCACGCACCUAUUGAGAAUUUUCCAAAUGAUGACUACCUGUCAUAUUUGGAGGGCCAACUUUCUACACUGAUCGAUUCUUGUGAGUCGGCUGAUGUGGACUCCGAUAAUAGUGCAAAAUAUGGCGAUGAAUGGCUGAACUAUAUUUCAGAAUCUACCUGUCUGCAGUUGUACCAUGGAGGCAUUUGUCUUUUUACUGAUAUAACGCCUUAAACUUUGUUGUAAUUCUGAUGUGAUGGCUUCGCUAUUACCUAGGAUCUUGCAUGUGUUGUCAUUGAUAAAAAUUUUCUUUGUAGGUAUUUGGUGUGUGACACCUUAACCUUGUUCUGUUAAAGUCUAAAAUUCUUUUGUUCGCAGUCUUAUCACAGGCUGGUUGGCUUAAUUAUCGUUGUAACCC